UGGGGAAAACAGAGGGAGUUAGCUGAUAUGGCUUCUUUUUUUUUUACUACACUUUAACUUGUUCCUUUGAAAUAUCUGGAUUUUAAGGCUUCAUUUUUUAUGAACAACUGUUGCUUGUUUGGUUUUCUGGACGCCCACCAAGACUAUCUCCUUCCAAUGGGAUUUACUCCAUACAACACAGAGGGCAGAAGUUGGUAAAUGUGUGGAUUAAAGAGCGUGGAUACCAUGGGUCAUGCCCCUGUCUGGUAGACUGACCGGCAGUGAUUGGAAUACACGAUGAAGGGCGCUCACCAUCACCGGGGGUGUGCCUGCCAACACUUGUUCCGAAAAGUUCUGGCAAAGUGCGGCUGCUGUUACGCCCGUGUCAGAGAUUCUUACUCCGCUGCGGGCAGCGAGGGAAGUAUAUCCACGUCGGUGGCCUCUCUACCCCCCCAGGCGUCAGGCAGCUCUGCCCCAAACUCGCCUGCCUCACGACGCUCGGUCAGCACGUUGAAGAAGUGGCUGACCAAUCCGGUUCGCAAGCUGAGCGUUGGGGCAGCUGGAGGAACUAAAGGCGAGAGAGCAACACGUAGACAAGAGGGCAAACCGCCGCCUCCGUCUUGCAAGAGUAACCCGGAGCUGGGAAACAGCAGAGAGGACAACAUCAUCUUCACCAACACCGAAAAAGAGCUGGAAUGGAGAGAUGGUCUACCUGCUUUAGAAGAUGCUUCAGGAAUCCUACAAUCCCAUGGUCUUCAGUCCGAUUCAUUUCAGAGCUCCACGUCACUGGAUCAAACACAGAACACACAAUCCAGUCACCUGCAUCUAGACGCCACCGGCUCCGCGUCGAUAGACGACAGCUCCAGCCAAUCGUCAGCCUCAGUGGACAGUGAGGAGGAGCGCAGGAGUGCCUUAGAGAAAAGCAUGUAUGUACUGACAGAGCUGAUCGAGACAGAGAAAUUGUACGUAGAGGAUCUGGGACUCAUAGUGGAGGGCUACAUGGCCACUAUAAACACUAAGGGAGUACCAGAAGACAUGAAGGGAAAAGACAAAAUAGUGUUCGGCAACAUACACCAGAUCUACGACUGGCAUAAAGAUUAUUUCCUGGGUGAGUUGGAGAAAUGUGUAGAGGAACCAGAGAGACUGGCACAGCUCUUCAUCAAACAUGAACGACGACUUCACAUGUAUGUGGUGUACUGCCAAAACAAACCAAAGUCGGAGCACAUAGUCUCAGAAUACAUAGACACCUAUUUCGAAGAGUUGAAGCAGCAGCUCGGUCACAGGUUGCAGCUCAAUGAUCUCCUCAUUAAACCUGUACAGAGAAUCAUGAAGUACCAGCUGCUUCUGAAGGAUUUUCUGAAGUACUACACCAAAGCUGGGAUGAAUACAGAGGAUCUGGAGAAAGCAGUGGAGGUGAUGUGCUUUGUUCCUAAGCGCUGUAAUGACAUGAUGAACGUGGGGCGGCUGCAGGGCUUUGAGGGUAAAAUCACAGCACAGGGAAAACUUCUCCAGCAGGACACGUUUACAGUCGCUGAGCAGGACAGCGGCCUUCUGUCCAGGCCGAAGGAGAGGCGGGUCUUCCUGUUUGAGCAGAUAGUCAUUUUUAGUGAGCCAAUUGACCGGAAAAAAGGAUUUUCAAUACCUGGUUACAUCUUUAAGAGCAGCAUUAAGGUGAGUUGUCUGGGUGUGGAGGCAUGUGUAGACGGUGAUCCAACUCGCUUUGCUCUGACGUCUCGAGGUGCUGAUGGCAACGCGGUGCGCUUCGUCCUGCAGUCCUCCUCGAUGGACAUCAGCAGGUCCUGGCUGAGCGACGUGAGCCAGAUCCUAGAGACACAGCGCAAUUUCCUUAACGCCCUGCAGUCACCCAUCGAGUACCAGCGGAGGGAGAACAAGAGUAACAGUCUGGGUCGGACCAUGAGAGCACCAGUGUGCACAACAUCAGGUCUGAGGCCGCACUCUUCAGCUUCCAUGGACAGACACAAAGCACCAUGUCUGCGUGCCUACAACACAUCGCUACCCUCCCUAUACCUGUCCAGCCAGGCCACAUCCGACACAUCUGCACAGCUAGAGUUACCACAGGGGCAGCGCUGCACACUGGAGACCCGGCUGGAGAACCAAACCGUUUCUCCAACCCACGUCCAGCUCGCCUUCAGACAGGAGCCUACACUUUCUCAGACUGUCCACUCAUUACAAACAGUAUCUAACGGUGUCCACCCCUCCAGCACCCACAGCUCACAGCAUGAAGCCGAGGGUGGAUCCAGAGCUGUGCAGCAUUCACUGGGCUUGUCUGCUUUAGGUCCGUCCUCCAGUCUGCAGCACUCCAAUCAUUUGGCCCAGCUGGAUGAGGACGACCUGUGAAGUUUGAAUUCGGACACUGGCUGGCCACAGCAUGUCCCAGCCUGGACGUGCCUGUCCACUCCAGCCGCCUGUAGGACUUCCCUUCUGCAAUGUAGCCUUGUUCCAUCCUUUCUUCGCACUCUGAUGUGAACGACCAAGUGAAUGACUUUUCUGCUUUUCUUGUCCUUGCUUUUUUACUGGCAGUGUUUUUUUGUUAUCAGAAACUAUAGAAAUAACCAUUCCUGCAUUGGGAGGUCACUGGAGUUGGUAAAACGUUAUUUUGUUUGUUUAAGUGUGAGUACAUGAGUGUGAAGGUGUGCAUGGAAAACUGCUUCAAUAUUGUAAACAUGCUGAGUAUUUUUUUCAAUGAUGUGUUCUGAUCAUGAACCUUCAUGAGGUUCAAGCUGGAUUUUGUUCAACACGGCCUGUUUACAGAGGCACUAUUUUUACCCGCAACAAACUGCCUGCUAGGAUGCAUAUGUUCUCCAGGAGCCAAUAGGAAAUUGUGGAUGAUUUGUAUAUACAGUAGAGAUGAGUAUCUGGACUGCCUGCAUGAAGACGCAGUGGCUUUGGGGCCUCCACACUGAAUAUGGAAGUGUCUGGUGCUGUGUUCCCGAAUUCUGUUUGACUGUACAGCGGUUUUUGAUCUAGGAGCGGAGACUGUUCGCCUCUAGAGACCCUCUGCUGGCAUGAUGUUAGGCUAGAGGUCAGAGGAACCUCCCUGCAGCUGCAGCUACUGUCCGACGGCUUCAGCAUGUGGAGAAAAUGAACGCUUUCACUGUCCUCUGAGAAUAAAAUAUUAUUCUACUUUCUUA